AUGCCCUCGCAGACCAUCGUCGUCGGACCCCAGGCGGAUGCUCACGCCACCACCCUGGCGGCAGCACUGGAGAACGCGGCGCCAGGUGACACGAUCGUGAUCUCUGCCGGCGUCUUUGAGGAGACGGUUCACCUUCCCUUCAACGUCACUAUCACGGCAGCGCCGGUACCGGAGGAUUCGGAGGACACCGAGGCCGCACAUGCCACCAUCAUCGGCACUGUGAUCAUCUCUGCAAACGUUACGCUAGAUGGACUAGAGGUGCGUGGGAUGGCGGAUGUGCGCAAAGGGCACGCCAUUCUGGAAAAGUGUGAUGUCCAUCACGGCUCUGAUGGUGUACGCGUCCACCCGGGUGCCACUGUCACCGUGCGCAACUGUCGAGUGCACCACUGCAUCGCCGGCGGUGACGGUGUGUACUUCAUGGCCGGCUCGUUCGGUGAGGUGACACAGACGGACAUUUUCGAGUGUCGCGUGAACGCACUUCAUGUCCAGGGCAACGGGGCUGUGCUGCGUGAGAACCGCAUCCGCGACUGCACGUUCGGCGUCUACUACGAAAAGAAAGCGUCCGGGCUGUGCGAGCAGAACACCAUUGAGCACGUCCGCAAGUUCGGCCUCUACGUCACGGACGGCAGCGACCCGGUCAUCCGCGAUAACACCGUGCGCUGGUGUGGGAUUCAAUGCUUCUUUGCGUCGAAAGGCGCCGGCGGCACAUGCAGCGGGAACACGUUUGAGGGCUCUCUUCACGUGCUCGCCGACUGCGUUGUGCACCUGGCGGAGAACCGUGUCAGUGGUACAGCAGAUAUCGACGGGGCCGCGUCGUUGGUCAAGGUUGCAGGGUGA